AUGGGCAGCACAAGAAGCGAUACAACUGAUACAGAAUCCAACAGCCCACCUGCCCUCACAAACAAAGUCUCCUCUACUGCUUCUGCAGCUGCUGAGUUGGGUGAUAAAAGUACAACUUUUGUAGGAACCAAUCCAGUGACUCACCUAAGCACUACAGGAGAGACCCCAGCAGAAAUAUCUUCCAACAGUCCAGCCACAACUGGAUUCUCCACAGAAACAACUCUGCCUUUGUCAACAAGAAGCACAAGGGAUGGCCCAGCAACUUUAAACCCCUUAGAAACAGAAUCCAGCACCUCUUCUUCCUCCUCACCUGUAUCAAAGAGUGAUUCUCAGGCAAGCGAGCAAACUGCUUCUAAUGCUGUCAGUGGGCACAGCUCUACUGUCACAAGGAAUGGACGCACUGAAGAAACAUCUUCUACACCUUCUGCGACUGUCACGGAAUCCAGCUCGGGCAUUACAUCCACCAAAGGUGCAUUGUCACCAGUUACCUCUGAACUCAAUACACAGGAGGACAUAACAACUUCCUCUAACGAAAGAACUCUGAACGAUGUAACAGCAAGAGACCGGAGCCAUUCCUCACUGCAUUCCACUGCUGCAGAGACACCCAGCACAGAUAGAGAGACGUCAGCUCUUUCAGUGAGCACUGUAAUUCUGGACAGCAGCACAAUGGCACCAACUGCAACAUCCCGUUUGACCACAAAUAUUCCUCGGCAGACAAAGGAUUCUCUCAUCACUGGCAGUAGUAAUACUGUUCCAAAGACAGUACCCAUGGGCAGCACAAGAAGCGAUACAACUGAUACAGAAUCCAACAGCCCACCUGCCCUCACAAACAAAGACUCCUCUACUGCUUCUGCAGCUGCUGAGUUGGGUGAUAAAAGUACAACUUUUGUAGGAACCAAUCCAGUGACUCACCUAAGCACUACAGGAGAGACCCCAGCAGAAAUAUCUUCCAACAGUCCAGCCACAACUGGAUUCUCCACAGAAACAACUCUGCCUUUGUCAACAAGAAGCACAAGGGAUGGCCCAGCAACUUUAAACCCCUUAGAAACAGAAUCCAGCACCUCUUCUUCCUCCUCACCUGUAUCAAAGAGUGAUUCUCAGGCAAGCGAGCAAACUGCUUCUAAUGCUGUCAGUGGGCACGGCUCUACUGUCACAAGGAAUGGACGCACUGAAGAAACAUCUUCUACACCUUCUGCGACUGUCACGGAAUCCAGCUUGGGCAUUACAUCCACCAAAGGUGCAUUGUCACCAGUUACCUCUGAACUCAAUACACAGGAGGACAUAACAACUUCCUCUAACGAAAGAACUCUGAACGAUGUAACAGCAAGAGACCGGAGCCAUUCCUCACUGCAUUCUUCUGCUGCAGAGACACCCAGCACAGAUAGAGAGACGUCAGCUCUUCCAGUGAGCACUGGUAUUCUGGACAGCAGUACAGUGGCACCAACUGCAACAUCCCAUUUCACCACUAAUAAUUCUCCGCAGACAGAGGUUUCUCUAAUCACUGGCAGUAGUAAUACCGUUCCAAAGACAGUACCCAUGGGCAGCACAAGAAGCGAUACAACUGAUACAGAAUCCAACAGCCCACCUGCCCUCACAAACAAAGUCUCCUCUACUGCUUCUGCAGCUGCUGAGUUGGGUGAUAAAAGUACAACUUUUGUAGGAACCAAUCCAGUGACUCACCUAAGCACUACAGCAGAGACCCCAGCAGAAAUAUCUUCCAACAGUCCAGCCACAACUGGAUUCUCCACAGAAACAACUCUGCCUUUGUCAACAAGAAGCACAAGGGAUGGCCCAGCAACUUUAAACCCCUUAGAAACAGAAUCCAGCACCUCUUCUUCCUCCUCACCUGUAUCAAAGAGUGAUUCUCAGGCAAGCGAGCAAACUGCUUCUAAUGCUGUCAGUGGGCACAGCUCUACUGUCACAAGGAAUGGACGCACUGAAGAAACAUCUUCUACACCUUCUGCGACUGUCACGGAAUCCAGCUCGAGCAUUACGUCCACCAAAGGUGCAUUGUCACCAGUUAUCUCUGAACCGAAUAUACAGGAGGACAUAACAUCUUCCUCUAACCAACGAACUCUGAACGAUGUAACAAUAAGAGACCGGAGCCAUUCCUCACUGCAUUCCACUGCUGCAGAGGGACCCAGCACAGAUAGAGAGACGUCAGCUCUUCCAGUGAGCACUGUUAUUCUGGACAGCAGUACAGUGGCACCAACUGCAACAUCCCAUUUCACCACAAAAAAUCCUCCGCAGACAGAGGUUUCUCUAAUCACUGGCAGUAGUAAUACCAUUUCAAAGACAGUACCCAUGGGCAGCACAAGAAGCGAUACAACUGAUACAGAAUCCAACAGCCCACCUGCCCUCACAAACAAAGUCUCCUCUACUGCUUCUGCAGCUGCUGAGUUGGGUGAUAAAAGUACAACUUUUGUAGGAACCAAUCCAGUGACUCACCUAAGCACUACAGGAGAGACCCCAGCAGAAAUAUCUUCCAACAGUCCAGCCACAACUGGAUUCUCCACAGAAACAACUCUGCCUUUGUCAACAAGAAGCACAAGGGAUGGCCAAGCAACUUUAAACCCCUUGGAAACAGAAUCCAGCACCUCUUCUUCCUCCUCACCUGUAUCAAAGAGUUAUUCCCAGGCAAGCGAGCAAACUGCUUCUAAUGCUGUCAGUGGGCACGGCUCUACUGUCACAAGGAAUGGACGCACUGAAGAAACAUCUUCUACACCUUCUGCGACUGUCACGGAAUCCAGCUUGGGCAUUACAUCCACCAAAGGUGCAUUGUCACCAGUUACCUCUGAACUCAAUACACAGGAGGACAUAACAACUUCCUCUAACCAAAGAACUCUGAACGAUGUAACAGCAAGAGACCGGAGCCAUUCCUCACUGCAUUCCACUGCUGCAGAGAUACCCAGCACAGAUAGAGAGACGUCAGCUCUUCCAGUGAGCACUGUUAUUCUGGACAGCAGUACAGUGGCACCAACUGCAACAUCCCAUUUCACUACAUAUAAUCCUCCGCCGACUGAGGUUUCUCAUAUAACUGGCAGUGAUAAUACCGUUCCAAAGACAGUACCCAUGGGCAGCACAAGAAGCGAUAGAACUGAUACAGAAUCCAACAGCCCACCUGCCCUCACAAACAAAGUCUCCUCUACUGCUUCUGCAGCUGCUGAGUUGGGUGAUAAAAGUACAACUUUUGUAGGAACCAAUCCAGUGACUCACCUAAGCACUAGAGCAGAGACCCCAGCAGAAAUAUCUUCCAACAGUCCAGCCACAACUGGAUUCUCCACAGAAACAACUCUGCCUUUGUCAACAAGAAGCACAAGGGAUGGCCCAGCAACUUUAAACCCCUUAGAAACAGAAUCCAGCACCUCUUCUUCCUCCUCACCUGUAUCAAUGAGUGAUUCCCAGGCAAGCGAGCAAACUGCUUCUAAUCCUGUCAGUGGGCACAGCUCUCCUGUCACAAGGAAUGGGCGCACUGAAGAAACAUCUUCUACACCUUCUGCGACUGUCACAGAAUCGAGCCUGUGCAAUAUGUCCACGAAAGGUGCAUUGUCACCAGUUACCUCUGAACUCAAUACACAGGAGGACAUAACAUCUUCCUCUAACAAACGAACUCUGAACGAUGUAACAGCAAGAGACCGGAGCCAUUCCUCACUGCAUUCCACUGCUGCAGAGACACCCAGCACAGAUAGAGAGACGUCAGCUCUCUCAGUGAGCACUAUAAUUCUGGACAGCAGUACAGUGGCACCAACUGCAACAUCCCAUUUCACCACAAAAAAAUCCUCCACAGACAGAGGUUUCUCUAAUCACUGGCAGUAG